ACUCAUUUUCUAUAUAUCUCUCCUUCAUCACUUUCAAAUUACAAUUACAACAGAUAUCUAGUGCGACUGAAAUUGCAGAGAAAGAUGGAGGGAGUUGCUAAAGUGGCAUCUCUCUUCGUAUAUCCAAUAAAAUCAUGCCGUGGAAUUUCUGUAUCGCAGGCACUCCUCACUCCUAGUGGAUUUCGAUGGGAUCGAAACUGGUUAAUUGUGAAUUACAAGGGAAGGGCAUAUACUCAAAGAGUUGAGCCAAAGCUUGCUCUGAUUGAGGUUGAGCUGCCAAAGGAUGCAUUUUUGGAGGACUGGGAGCCUACAGACAACUCCUAUAUGGUAAUAAAAGCUCCAGGGAUGGAAGGACUCAAGGUUUCACUGAGUAAACCGCAGGAAAUAGCAGAUGGUGUGUCAGUAUGGGAGUGGUCCGGCUCUGCAUUGGACGAGGGAGAAGAAGCAUCAAAAUGGUUUACAAAUUAUCUUGGGAAACCCAGUCGGCUGGUUCGUUUUAAUGCAGCAUCAGAAACAAGGCCGGUGGAUCCAGAAUAUGCACCUGGUCACACUACAAUGUUUUCAGAUUUGUUUCCAUUUAUGCUGAUAUCUCAGGGAUCACUGGAUGCACUAAAUAAGCUUCUAAGGGAACCUGUGCCCAUCAGCCGUUUCAGACCCAACAUCUUUGUUGAUGGUUGUGAACCCUAUGCUGAAGAUUUAUGGACAGAGAUCAGGAUAAACAAGUUUACCUUUCAAGGUGUGAAGUUAUGCUCCCGUUGCAAGAUACCGACAAUUAAUCAAGAGACAGGAGUUGCAGGCUCUGAACCCAAUGCAACGCUGAUGAAAUUUAGGUCGGACAAGGUUUUAAGGCCAAACAGAAAACAGCAGGGAAAAAUUUAUUUCGGGCAGAACAUGGUUUGGAAGAACACUCAUACUGAAGGAAAAGGAAAGAUCAUCAAAGUUGGCGAUCCUAUUUUCGUCCUUAGAAAGGUCUCUUCUGCUGCUGAAGCGGCUGCUUGAACUUUGCAGAAUGCCUCUCAAUUAAUUUCUGCUAUCAUAUUAGUAGUCUGUUGUAGACUGUAACUUGUAGUAAAAUAACUAGUAGUUGGCUUGCCAAUCAAGGUAUCAUCUCUAUUACUCAACAUUACAAAAUCAAUAGGAUUUGCUUUGGUUGUUAUGCCAUAUGUUACCUUAUGCUUGCAAGUUCCUAUAAAUAAGUUGAAUGUAAAAGGACUUGAUUAAAUGGUGAUGAAAGGAUUCUUCUUCUUCUA